AUGGUAGGAGCAGGGAAAACAACAGCAGAACAGAGAGCGAGACAGCUUGAAGACUCAGACAUAAAGCCAGUUCUCGAGGCCAAGGAGGAGGGCAAAAAGCCUGUGAAGGAACGGACAAACACUAUGAGCCGAUAUUCUAGACAUUACCUUCUGUUGUGGGACCAGCUGAAAGUAGCAGAUGGUGUGCUUGUGAAGGAAUUCGUAAAGAGAGAUGGGUUAGGAACAUAUGGACUAGUAAUUGUACCAGAAAAGGUGAAAGGAGAGAUACUACAGUCUAUGCAUGGGGGACUAUUGGCAGGUCACAUGGGAACAAAGAAAACUAAGGCUAAAAUUCUCCAAAGGUGGGGAUGUCCAGUAUCAAUCCUGAGUGACCAAGGCCGGACAUAUGAGAGUAAAGUCUUUCAAGAGUUGUGCAGAUUGCUAGGGGUAAAGAAAGUGCGGACAAGUGUGCGAAAUCCGAGAUGCAACGGACAAGUCGAAAGAUUUAACCGGACACUAGUCCGCAUGAUCAGAGCCUACCUUCAGGGAGUGCAAGAAGACUGGGACUUGAACCUAGGAUGUUUGGCCGGAGCAUACAGGGCGACACCGAACGAGGUCACAAAGCUGACUCCGAAUUUGCUAACGAUGGGAAGAGAAGAGCGACUCCCGGCAGAGCUUGUGUUUGGCAGUACCACCAAUAAGUCUGAAGUACCAGUGACCAGCUAUGGUGACUAUGUUGAUGGUAUCCGGUCAAAGAUGAACCAUGCCCAUGACAUAGCCAUGAAGCACUUACAGAAGUCAGCUGCCCGAAGCCAUGACAUAUAUGACAAAAGGAUGUUGGUGAAUAACUACGAGAAGGGUGAUUUAGUGUUUAGCUGA